AUAAUAUGUACCUUCAUGUCGCGAUUGAGCGGCGACACGUCAUGGGAGACCGAUGAAUAAUUGAGGGAGAUGCGCUGUCGUAUAAAGGAAAUCUGGAACAUCUGCACUUGAAAAAUCGUUGACUUGUAAACCUUAUGUAAUUAGAAUAAGACAUACAAUUGAUUAAAUUGUUGAAUGUAGUUGUGGCUGAUAGGCUUGGAGGCGAAACACGCAUGCGCGUCCGCGCCGCGCCCGCGAGCCGCGCCGCACUCACCAUCGGACCUCCACUGAGAAACGUGAUCUACAAAAUCAUUAAAUAAAUACGCAAGUGAUGUUUUGAGGGUUAGCUGGGCAGGAGUUAAGAUGCUGGCGGGGGGCGGGGACAGCGUGGCGGUGUCGGAGGCGCCGAGCAGCGACAGCGAGGGCUCGGAUUGUGAGGGGGGCCCGGAGGCGGAGCAGGACGCCGCGCUCACCGAGGAGUGGGCACGCGAGCUGCUCGUCGCUGCUGGGGUCAACCACGCCAACGAGGUUCAUGUGGAGUCCCGUGCGGGCGUCGCCGGGGCGCUGUCCCGCGUGCUGGCCGUCACCAUCUGCUACGAGAGCGGUGGCGAGCGGCGCUCUCUCCCACUGGUGGUCAAGCUGCCUCCGCGCGAUCCCUUCGGCCGCCUCUUCGUGGCCGAAGCACAGUUUGACACCCGCGAGAUACUCUUCUACACUGAACUCGCGCCGGCUCUGAAUAAGCUGGCUGAAGAAGCGCUGGGACCCGGCAUGGGUUUGCCGAUACCUAAAUGUAUGAAGGCUAGAUUACCAGAUGAAAUUGGCGGCGACAGCGAGCUGGUGCUGGAAGACGUUACGUCCGCGGGCUACGAGGCUGCGCAGUUUGCAGAGGGGUUGAGCUUAAGGCGAGCGCGCGCAGCACUGCACGCCGCCGCGCGGUUGCACGCGCUCGCGCUCGCAUUGCGUGAGCGCGAGGGCCCGCUCGAUACCCGCUUCGACUUCCUGUUCCCUUGUGAACGCGCCGCGGCCGGCUACCUGCGCCUCGUGCGCCGCGGCCUGCCGCAACUCGAGGCAUUCCUCCGCGCGCGACCCGACUGUGCCGAGGAGGCCGCCGCCGUCUCCGCCCUAUGCGCGCGCGCGCCUUCCCUGCUCGGCACGCUUCUUCGACCCUCCGAACCUGCGCCCCUCGCCCACGCGGACUUCUGGAGCGGGAAUCUCCUGUUCAGGGAGCGGGACGGCGAAUGCGAGUGUAUCGCCCUGGACUGGCAGAUGGUGUCGCUCGGGCGACCGAUGGACGACGUUGCUCUGCUGCUGCUGUCGUCCUUGACGCCGGAGCUGCGCCGCGAGGUGGGGUCGGAGCUGAUAGAGGAGUACGGCGAACGGCUGGAGGCGGAGUGCAGACGGCUGGGUGCGGGCGGGUCGGGUGUGGCGGUGCGGCGCGCGCUGGCGGCGGACUGGCCGCGCGCGGCGCUGCGUGCGCUGCUGCUGUGCGCCGGCAGUGUGGACGUGGCGCUGGGCGAGCCCCGCGCCGAGCGCCGCCUGCUCGAGGCCGUGCGCGACCUGCACGCGCAAGGCGUGCUGGCGCUCAAGCCUGACACCGAACAUUGAGGCGCGAUGCCGUGCAGAGUUCCCGGCGGAGAACAAGAGAGAUACCUAUGCCUACAAAUCGACCGCAAUUUACUAAAGAAAUUUCUUACUUUAAUUAACAUUCAGUCGUGUAUCGUUUUUCAUGUCGAGUUAAUUGAAGCACAAAUUACAAUUAGCGACGUGUUGUGAGAAAUGUUUGUCUUAAUUUAUCUAGAACAGCCGGGUCGCCGAGUAGCACCCGGUCUCGUUUACUGACGGUGCAAAGCCUAAUUAAAGACUGAAUUUACGUAAUUAUAAGUGUCUGCGUUGUGCUUCGAUGUUACGCGUUGUAGGUUGUAGGAGGAUAUUAUUGCUCAUUGUAUUGAAGGCUAGAAUGCAUUGCGGUCUAUUGACUAUUAUUUAAACUAAAAGACAUACAAAAUAAAUUAUCAAUAUUUAAAAAAAAA